AUCUUCUUCCUUUCAUUGAUAAUUUUGAUGAAAAACUACACACUAGAAGCAAUUUUCUCCUUGUUUAUGGUUAAAGAGGAAGUGGGUUUUGGUUAAACAAUCUUGUAAUUGGCCCUUUUGGAUUCCCAUUGUUAUGGGUUUUUGCAGAAGGGCUUGUCAUUGAAGUGAAGUGGAAAGGAAAGCGCAGAACUUUUCAAUUGUUGUGUGAUGGCGGAAAGGAAAUUGAAUUUGAAUGCACCUCUUCUAUCUGUGAGGCGGUCUUCUUCAACACUAGCAUCUUCAAAGGGUGAGAAGGGGAAUGCAAAGGGAAGAUCUGUCUUGGAUAGACGAUAUUCUCUUCCUGUCUAUAAGUCAGUUGUGAGUUUGGAUCAGGUAGCAGAACCUGGUACAAUCCCUUUCAUGUGGGAGCAUAUCCCUGGGAAAGCCAAAGGUGGUGUUAAGCCUGAGUCUAAUCAUUCUGAACAGGCUUCUGUUACUCCUAGACUACCUCCAGGGAGGGCCUUGGAUGUUAUAAGGUAUCCUUUGGAGAAGGAAUUUGAAAAUCAAGAUGUGGUUAGGUCCCCUGAUGGAACAUGUUCUGCCAAUGAUAAUGUGGAUAAAUUUGGGUGUUCAAGAGGGGGAACAGAUAGGAGAUGGCGCUCUGACCAGUCAGAACAUGAUGAGGAUGUUUAUUCAGAUGCACUUGAUACACUGUCCCCAACAGAUUCGUUAUCCUUGAAUUGUAGUAUAAGUGGUCUAAGUGGAUCAGGUGAUUCAGUUGUGAAACCAUCAGGGGCCUUCUCCAUGGAUUCACAAACUUGUGAUUUCAUGAUGAGUCGUUUCUUGCCUGCUGCCAAGGCAAUGGCCUUGGAGCCACCCCAGAAUGCUUUAAAGAAACAACCUCCACCAGUUGAACAACCAAGAGAGGCUAAGCAAGUGGUUGCUGGGGAUAGGAAGCCUGCUGUUAAUCAGUGUGAAUCAAUUAUCAUACCACACUAUGACCAAUGGGUAUAUGAAGAAGAAACUGAAUCUGAAGGUGGUGACUAUAAUGCUUCUGGCAAUUUAACAAGCAAAGGUUGUGGGUUGUUUCCUCGGUUGUGCUUUAAGAACUCUUUGUGUCUCUUAAAUCCAGUCCCAGGAUUGAAGGUUAGGACCCACUCCCCCAUAUCUUCUUCAUCUCUGAUCAGAAAACUAGAACCAGGCAAAGCUGCUUACAAGGAGUCUCGUAGCCAAACUGUCAAGAAGCAUGCUUGGAAUGCUGCUUAUAAGCUAAAAUUAGAUAGAGGCGUUCAAUCCCCCAAGCUACCAAGGAUUGAGAAUAAGCUGACUUCUGCAUCAAGUCAUACUAAUUCAUGUGUUAGGCAGCCAAAAUUAGCUGGUGGAGCUCAAUCACACAAGCUACCAAGGGUUGAGAAUAAACUGAUUUCUGCAUCAAGUCUUGCUAAUUCAAGUGAUCGGCAGCCAAAAUUAGAUAGCGGAGCUCAAUCCCCAAAACUCCCUAAGAUUGGGAAUAAGUUGACUCCUGCAUCAAGUCAGUUUCCUAAAUCAAGUGAACAGCAGAUAUCAAGGAGUUCAUCUCCCUACAGAUUUGCAGGGGGAAGCCGCAUUUCACCCUACCGGAGGGAGAGACCUCAGUCUCCCUUUCGUGGAGGGGGGUUCCUUGGUGUCCCUAAAGUAGCUGAGAACAUCAAAGUAAAUAUGUUGAAUAAGGAUGACAGAAUCAGUAACAAGUAUCGAGCAUUGUCAUCUCACCAGAGUUUUAAACAAUGGCAGCCAUCAGGCCCUGCAAGUUCUGCAGAGAAGACAUCGUAUGUCAAUACUGAGAUCUUUGCUGAACUAUCAUCCGCCCAUUCCAAUUCCUCUGAUAUCAAGGGUCAGAUGGAAUAUUCAGGCAAGUCUUCCGAGGUUUUGUUAGGAAGAAGAGUUCUGGAAGAAACUGGAACUUUAGAAUCUUCGUUGGAAGGUAUAAAAUGCUUGAAUAUUUCAGAGAAAAGUAAAGUAUCAGAACAUGACCAUGGAUCUAUGGAUUAUAAGCAAACGUCUUCCUCUGACAUGCCUAAUAUCAGAGGGCAGGCAAAAAUGAUGAGGUGCUUAAAGCAUGAUGGAGGAAUUGAUCAAGAAACAAAGGCCUUAGAGUGUAUAAAAGUUGUUGUGUAUGAGAAUCUCAAUCUUAGCACUGACAAUGAGUUAAAAGCAGAUGAUCAAGGAGAAUGCAAGGGUGUUACUGAUCCAUCUCCCCCACCUUUACCAAAAACACCCUCUGAGUCUUGGCUUUGGCGUACCUUGCCUUCAGUUACCUCACAAAAUCCACUUAUGCGGACUUAUACUGGCACUAGAUUUCGUGCUAAAAGGGAGGAACCUAAAGCUGCAUCUACCAAUUCCACGUGGGAAACAAUUGUUAAAACUUCUUAUUUGCAUCAUGAUCAUGUACGCUAUUCUGAGGAAUUAGUCACUCAUGUCUCUCAGCAACCUAGAACAUAGAAAUGUGGAGAGCUGAUUCCAUUGAACUCACUAGCUCUGUUUAGAAGCUUUGAUUCAGUAUGGUGGUAAAAUGUCAUUAAGAUCUUAUAGCCUAUCAUUCUUGGCGAAAUGGGGCUACCCUAGCCCAUUGAGUGCUCUACCUCAAGCCCUUGACAUUUCUGCUCAUUUUCUCCUCCAAUUUUUGUGUCUGUUUGUACUAGGCAAGUGGUUUCCAGUGUGCUUUGAUUCUUGCUAUUGCAUAGCUUGUGAUUUCUUUCGAUCAGUGUUGGCUGAGGCAAUGAACAUCAGCUAUAUCAAGUGAAAUUAAAAAUCAUUGUAUUUUGAGCUUCAAUUCUAUUCGUUCCUUGUAGCAUUUGUCUUCUUGCCCAGGAAUAAACCUUGUACUCUUAUGAACAUAAUUGCUUUGCUUACUAGUAAACAAUAUCUCAUCUG